AUGGUCCGCGGUGAUUUCUAUAGUGAUUGCACUUUACCAGAUGGUUCAAGAGCUGAAUAUUCAGAGGAUGAUGAAGAUAAAGAUGAGUUGGACACGAAGACCAAAAUGAUUGCGGUCAUCCGAGACCAGCGAAAGAUCUAUGCAAGGCAGUGUUGUCAAAGCCAAAUCACUAAUGAAGCCAAUGGUCCUGCUAGGUUCUUCUUCAGCUGCGGUGCCAUAUGGGAAGCCGUCACUGCACAAAAAGGGAUCCAAUAUCAGCUAGUAUCUGUCAACUCAGAGGAGAAUAAGGGCGCACUGGAAUAUUGCCAAACGAUCGUAACCACCGGCUCCGUCGACGCAACAACAGCAAUGCAAUCCGCUAUCAUUCUCAUCGGAUUCGUCUUCAAUAUCGCAGUCAUCGCCUCCGUCUCGCGCCUCACAUGGACUUUUGCCCGCGAUGGUGGCCUGCCGUAUUCCAAGUUCUUUGCACAAGUAAUCCCCAUCCGCGCCACCUGCCUCGUCUGCUUUAACGAUAUUCUGCUCUCGCUCGUCAAAAUCACCUCGACCACUGCCCUCAGCGCUAUCCUCGCUCUCAUAACUAGCUCCAAUUCCAUUUCACACAUUAUGCCCACGGCUAUGAUGGCCCGGAAACGUGUCCGGAAGGAGCGGAUUGUGUCUGGCCCAUUUGCACUUGGCCGAUGGGAUCUGGCCAUCAACCUCUACAAUAUCAUUUUUGGUAUCUUCAUAUGUACCUUUGUGUCGUUUCCGACCGAGAUCCCUGUGACAGCGACGAACAUGAACUAA